AUGACAUCUGCUGCUUCAGUUCAAUCUUACCAGGUACACCUCCAAAGUGUCUCCAACCUACGUCCAUUAUUGCUAUGGGAAAAUCCAGUCCGUACCAGUGUCACUUUGGCUGAGAUUUUGGCCGUACUACUAAUGGUUCAAAACACAGAUUUCUUACGUCUUUUUCUACGCUUGAUCUGGCUUUCCAUUGGUGGUACAUUACUUUUAGAACUAGUCACAAAAUUCCUUAAUGGUGGUCGUGAAGGUCUCAUUUCAUCAUAUAGACCUUCCAAGACUUUGCUCCCUGACAUUAGUCGUGACCAACUCAGAGAACAUUCUCUUAUGAUUGCUUCAGUUCUUGAAGAAAUUCUUUAUUGGUUUAAGCGGGCACUGGAUGCCCGAGAUACUUCAUUUACCAUUCUUGCUUUUAUUUUUGUGUGGGGUCUUUACCUUGUCACUUAUAUGGCAUCCAUUUCAUCAGUCUUGAUUCUAGUUGUUAUUGGUGCUUUUACCUUUCCUGUUUUAGGGCUUCGUUUUGAGCCGCAGCUUGCUAGAGCCCGUGUUCAAAUUAAUACCGUUGUCACAAAUAAAAUGGCUGUUGCUAAUGCUAAGCUAAGAGAAACUGCACCGGGUAUUUUUACUGCCUAUAAUACAGUCUUGUCUUUCUUGGGUGCUCCUGCUGGUGCUGGUGCUGCCCCACCACCACCACAAGCAAUGGCUCCAAUGUCUUAUGCACCUACCCCUGCUCCAGCACCUGCUCCAGUUCCAGUUCCAGUUCCAGUUGCAGCACCAACACCAGCUCCAGCACCAGCUCCAGCACCAGCUCCAGUUCCAGUAGCAGCUCCUGCUCCUGGAUCGCGAGCUAGCUCAGUCCGCUCACAAUCCACAGCUACUCCAGCACAUCCUGUAGAAGCUGCUGGAGUACCGCAUAAUUUGCAUCAUGAUGCUGGUAGUGUGCAUAGUGGAUCUCAAUACACUGGGUCUCAAUACACUGGAUCGCAGUAUACAGGAUCGCAGUAUACAGGAUCGCAGUAUACAAGAUCGUAUGCUGGGUCGCAGUAUAGUGGUUAUUCAGGUAGCGAUGUGAGUCACCGGAGUCAUCAUUAA